AUGCUGGUCCCUGGGGGCCUCCCGCUGCUGCUGCCCCCACUGGGGGCCCCCCCAAGGGCCACCCUAGCGAAUUGUCUCCGCUGCAGCAGCAGCAGAAUCACCAUCCGCAGCAGCAGCAGCAGCAGCAGCAGCAGCAGCAGCAGCAGCAAUGUGCUGCCCUUUGGGGGCCCCCUGCGCCUGUCUGCUUCUCGCCUAAGGCAUGUGCCCGGCGCCAGCCGCAUGCGCUGGCCCUACCAGCCCCCUGCUGCUGCUGCUGCUGCAGCAGCAGCAGCAGCAGCAACAGCAGCAGCAGACUGGAGAGAGAUUGUGCGAGUGCCCCUCAGGAGUCCAGACACUGGAGAGCCCAUUGACUGGCUCAACGAGGCCCCAAAGUCCCUGGUGGAAGGAGCUGCUGCUGCUGAAGAAGUGGUGGAAAUAAAAAACUUGCCGAUGGGGAAAACCCCACAGUUCCUUCAAGAGAGGUUGGCGAGGGUUUUGAGUCGCUGCGGAGGUGUACGUACACCCCACGUGCUGCAGCACACUCGCGACCCUUUCCAGCCCCAAGGCAGCGCCUACGUCGCCUUCGCAGACCGCGCUGCUGCGCUGCGGGCCGUGCGGCUGCCGCUGCGGCUUCCGGUGUCUCUACACUCCCGCGUGCUGCAGCUGCAGCACGUGGCUUCUGGCUGCUGCAGCGACGAGGCAAAUGUACGUGGCGCUCUGCCGCGAGGGGACCCCCAUGACGAUUUCUGCUUUAUGUCAGCGGGCUUUAGUUCGGCCCCUUUUCGAGGAGCGAUCGAUCCCGCUCCUUGGGGAUCGAUCGAUCCCAGCUCCCGGGGAUCGAUCGAUCCCAGCCUCAGGGGAUCGAUCGAUCCCAGCCUUAGGGGAUCGAUCGAUCCCAGCUCCUGGGGAUCGAUCGAUCCCAGCUCCUGGGGAUCGAUCGAUCCCAGCUCCUGGGGAUCGAUCGAUCCCAGGGCCUGGAGGGAGGCCCGCAGCUGCGUCGCUCUUGUCUUUGGCUCUUGGCAAAACUUCUUAGCAGCAGAACCUUUCAACGAACUCUUCCUCGUUCUCAACGGUGACAAGAAGAGCAGCAGCGACAGCGCCUCCACUGCCGACACAACAGCAGCAGCAGCGCAGCAGCAGCAGCAGCAGCAGCAGCAGCAGCAGCAGCAGCUGCUGCUGGCUCCGCGGUUGGUGGCUCCCGAGCAGCUAGAUGUGCUGCUGAAAAGAGGCAGCAGGCUGCUGCACCGCAAGCUGGAGGCGGAGCUGUCUGUACACUGGAGAGAGGGGAAGCCCGAGCUGCCAGAUGAGACAAAGAAGCAAAUUGACCGCUGGCUGCACAAAGAGCCACUGCCUGAAGAACUGCAGACAUGGUCCCGCAGCAAGGACUUCUACAAAAUCCACGAUGAAAGACACCAGUUUAAAUUGAGGCUUCGAAAAGAAAGAAAAAAAGCUGAGCUGCAGCGCCGGCUGCAGCUGGCAGCAGCAAAACGGCUAGCGGAGCAGCAGCAGCAGCAGCAGGAGCAGCAGCAGCUGCUGCUGCGGCGGCAGCAGCCGCUGUAG